CUAUUCAUUCGUACUUGACAGUUGAACGUCAUUGUUUAUAGAAUUUGGUCGUCUUCAAAAAUUGUGUUUGUCAGCGAUCCAAUUAAUUAAUAAUUCCGAGAUCUAUUGUGUAUAGAUAAGUAAUGAGAUAAAUGUUUUUUCUAAAGGUUUAAAAAUAUUUUAUGUGAGUGCGAUAUCAUUUUAUAUUUAUUCAGUUCUAUAUUCAGCGUAUCAAUGGCUUCGUCUACACCGAAACAAGUUAACGAUUCGAACAACGGCCCCUUGGGAAAGCGGAAGAAAUCUCGACGUAGUAAAGGAUCCUAUUUAUCAAAAUGGCUAGAUAAGACUAUGCAACACGUACAGGAAACACCAAAUAUGGAUGCUUACGAAUCAUAUCUAAAUCCAAGUUUAAAUUGGCCGAAUAGCACUCAAUUCGCGCCUGGCUACGAUCCUUGCAGGUAUAAUAUUUAUGGUUGUGCUGAGCCUAUGUCACUUCCAACGCUGCCUACGUACUAUAGUCCACCUAUACAGCCUUUCUAUAAUCACGAAUAUCGGUAUAGGCAAGGCGUAAACAAAAAUACUUCCAUGCAAAGGCCGAGAAUGCAUCGGAGAAGUGAUGUUAGACCGGAAGAGGUGCAUUGUACCCCUAACAGUACAUUGAGUAAUACCAAUUAUUUACAACCAAAGAAUUUUACCGAUAGCCAAGAUUUUGCGAGUUUGCCACCCAUUGUUACAUCAGUUGGUGAUACAAACUCCAAUAGUGACAUGCAGACCAAUGAUAAGGAUGAUGGAAGUAAUACCAGAAGGUAUAGUGACCCAUGUGUGCGAGGUUUACCAGAUGUAGCCAGACCUGCAAAUGGUGACGUGGAGUCUGAUUCUGAGACCAUAUCCAGUAGUACCUCAAGAUGUCAGAUUGGUAGCCGUUUGUUGAGUCACUUACUUGACCAAAUAGCAUCAUUAAAAUUUGCAAAUGAGAGACUGAGCAAAGACUUAUUAGAUACUAGAGCUGAAUUAGAGAACAUUCGACAACACAAUGUUAUGAUGCAGAAGGGUUCCUCUUCCAAUAUCGGUGCUACCCCGAGCCACACACCGCUUACAGAUAAUGGUCUUCUAAGCUCACAGUACUCGCCUGGUUUCCUCACGGACCUGGUGCGGGAGAUUCGUGACGCUGCGCGCAUCCGAGAGGAAGCUCUGUACUCCCGGGUACGAGCUAUGGUGCUCGAGAGAACAGAGAAUGGUAUGCCGUCGGCUGAAGCAAAGUUUCAUGAUAAAUCUCUUGAAGAGGUCAAGAAUUCUCUGCGUACUUCCGAAGCUGACAAGCGUCAUAUGAUGGAGCGUAUCGUUAAGUUGGAAGAGGAACUGCGUGCUCUGAGGGUGACCAAUGGGUUGGAAUCGAACGAAACAAAAUUGACAAACGGCAAUGUUGAAGAUGCGGAAGCUGAACGAUUGCGUCUGCGCAAAGAAGUCGCAGAUAUGCGAAAGGCCAAGCAGAACGCCGAGGAACACGCGCUCAAGUAAGUUGUAAGAAUUUUAAUAAAAUGAAUUAGUGAAAUAAAGAGAUGUCAUUUAAUUUUAUAAGUUAGAAUUUAUUAAUUUAAACAAGUCACAAUGAGUCCAUUCAUAAUUUAGUUUAGUAUAAACAAAUUUUGGUACUCGGAUGAUAUGUCGCUUUGUGAAAUGUACCUCAAUUUAACUAAAAUUUUUUGUGUAUUUUUUCUUUUCGUUUGGAAAAAAUAUCCGUCUACAUUUGUUGUAUUAUAUUAGUACGCUUAAGAAUAAUUUAAAAUGUCUGUAAUCACAUAAACUUGUUUUAAAUUGUUUAGCUCAUACUUUUGUGAUGUGAUUUUUCUUUUUUGUUUUAUUAAUAUAAUAAUAUCGAAUUUAUAAUAAAUAGUAAGAAUUGAUUAAUCAUAAUUUAAACGUGUGUGUGUGUUCUAAAAAACGUAUAUAUUUGUGUUGUUUUGUGUUUUUAUGAACAAAAAGUGAAAUCGAUUGUAUUUAUAUAAUUUAAAAAGUGUUGAUUUAAAACAAUAAUAAAAAAAAAUAGAAUUAAAUAUUUCAGGUUUCAUAUUGGUCUGCAGAGUAAAAUUUAUUGUAAUUUUUUUUUAUAUGAGUGAUAUAAAAAAUAAAAGUGUUGUACAACCGCAACAAAAUUGACAUAAAAAUUUAGUUUAUUAUAACUUAGUUAUUUGUGUUCAUAUACUUUUAUAACUAACUAUACAAUUUCGAAUUAAUAUCAGAAAUAGAUUUCAUAAAUACUGGUCACUCUAUACUAACCACCGAUCACACUUAGAAUAGACUGAUUUUUACUAAUUUAUUGACUUAUAAUUAAGUAACAUACCAAAUUAGAGAUUAUAGAUAUAUAAAUAAUGUUUCAUAGGGACAUAUAGAUUGUUUGUUAAUUACGCUGAUUUAUUUUCGACAUAUUACUCAUUGUACAUCUUCGACCCACUACCACCUAUUUUUACUACAAUAAUAUGUAUAUAAGAACUUGAAUUUUUAAGAUUUAUGGUUGUUUGGUAAAAUGCGAUUCUAGCCAUAGCACAAUGAGUAAUAUGUCCCAGCUACUCAGAAUAAACAAAAAUGUUAAUUACAAUAUGGCUCCAAUUUUAAAAACAUAAAUAAUAUUUAGAUUUAUGGAAUAUAACAUUAAAAUCUUAGCGUGCUUCUAAUGUAUAAAACACACUUUAGUAGCAUUUUCGAGAAUUGAUUAUAAUAAUUAACAAUUGAGUAAUUAUAUAUUAAUCAAUAAAUAAUUAAUUGCACUGACAAUAUUAUUGGACUAUAGUAAUAAUUAUGUCAGGGUUUUUGUGAAAGGAAAUACGAUUUUUUUUAUUUAAUAAUAGAAUUUAUAUUAAAGAUUACGCAUGCUGAAAUCUCGUAUAAUAAUGUAAUUGCACGACAAUGUUAGUGUCAUUUUUAUUAGGAGCUUAAGAGUUGUCUCUCAUUAAACAAAAUUGCCAGAGAGCCAUUAGAAAACAUACAGGGACAGUUUCAAAUACAAAUUACUAUGGAAAAUAGUUACUUGAAAAAUAGUGCUAGUUUUAUGUCUUUAAAUACAUAUCGGUUUCAGACAAUAUUAUUCCCGCCAGCGAUCAGCUUGUGAAAUUAAUUUCCCGUCUAAUUCUCUCAAAAAUUAUAAAAUACGGUUCUUAAUGAAAAAUAAUAUUAAAAAUUUUUUCAAGAUCCAUAAGACACUUAAAAUGCCCUACCUAUGAUACCUAUUACAAGCGCAUAUACGCAAGUCUCGCUAGCUAUCAAGUAAGUCGAAUGUUAGCUUUCCUUCUCAGUAAUAUAAACAAAUAUUUUUAACAUUGUUUUGUUUUGAUUAUCUGUCUACCUAGGCGAAAAUAUUUCCACGGCCUAGCACGGUAGAGCGGUUCACAAGUAUGUAUGUGUGAAUCGCCUAGUCUGCACAGCGCGACAUACGCGCGUUGUUUCGCGCCUCACCACCUUUGUGCGUUAGGGGCCUAAUGAAAAUAUCUCGGCAUGCGUGGUCCUAAGUAUCAAGUAAGUCUAUGACGAAAAAACCAAAUAGUAUCGUUAACAGCUAGUACUUACAUGGAAAUGUUGUAUAAAUACUUUAUAAAAAUCUGUCUUUAACUUAUUGCAUUUGUAUAACUACUCGUAUAAUUUAUAAACGAUUAUGACGUAUAAAUAUAAGUAUAUAUACACAUAUGACACAAUUAUAUUACAAGUAUAUAAUGUAUUACAACACAAUUAUAAUGUUAUCAGUUCAAUACUUCUGUGCAAAGUUGACACAACUGAAACGUUACACGAAACGUAAACACAGACUUGCAAUCUAUCAUUCGUAUCUUUAACACUAUUUUAUUCUCAAAAAGUUUAAAACUGGAAUGUUCCAGAGAGUUCUUUAUUGUUUCAACUUAAGAAUGACCUCGGCGCAUUUCGGUUGCCUAUAUACCUAUGACAUAUGUUCUUAAUCUCAUUUUUCUUAUUUGGCAUACUAUAUUAAAUGAUCUUGAAAUUUGAAUAGAAUCUAUAAGUCAUUUAAAAAUAGAAGACAUAAAUGUUUUUUAAUAUUAUAACCAAAAUUGUUUAUUUAAGAUGCCAAGUAAAAAAAAUAAUACUAUUGGUGCCUUAAAAGUAACAUGUCCGCCCAAAAAUAACGUUAUAAACGAUUUGUAAUCUAUAACAAAGUGUCAAAACUAGAUAAUAUAUAAUCAAUAGCAUUAGUUUGUAAAGUGUUUGUUAAUUAAAAAUGUACAUGUUUAACCAAAGUGCUAGAGUUCUUGUAUACAUAAAACUUAGAGUAUUUAUCAUUAGAAACGAUAUAGCACGUAAUUAUUACUUGUAUAAAACUGCAAUUUUAACCAACUGGAUUAGCAUAGCUUAUAUAUGUAUAGAUUAUAUUUAUAUCAAGAUAACAUUCAUAUAAUAUAAUACAAGCCAUUUUAUGCUACAUGUCAAUAUUUACGUUUAACGUUUAUCUGUUUUUUUUUUCUUACUUGGCAUAUUCAGUAAAUAAACUUGGCUUCUUUUUUAAUCAAAUAUUUAAAAAGAAAAUAGAUAGAUAUUAAUGUUAGACAAUAACUAUAAUGAAAAAACAAAUCUAUUUGUUUAUUUUAUGAACUAUUAUCUCAAUAAAAAGAUACACCAAUAUUGUUGUUAAGCUGAGUAUAAAAAUUUAUAACAUAUAAUUAAUACGCGAAAUAGUAAUGUAGUAAUGAAAAUUGAAUUACAUGAAUUGAUUCUGCGAUUUUAUAAGGAAUUAAAAACGUAUAUCUCAUUUAAUCAUAUUCUUUAAAAUUUAAAUAAAAACGUGUACAUUUAUUCAAAUUUUCUGAAUAUACAUGGCAUAAUUAAUAAACAAUUUUGGUGUUGUUUUUUUUGUGCAUAAAAUAAAUAAGUUAUUAAUAUAAAAAUGUAUAUUAUUACUUUCUUCUUUACUGUAUGACAAGAUUGAUGAAUGUGGAAGAAGCGAAACAGGUUUGUUUGAAUCGAAGCAUUUGGCGUUCCAUUGUUUCUGCCUACCCUAAUGGGAGACAGGCGUGACAGAUAUGUAUGUAUGUAUGUAUUACUUUCUUUUAUAUGUUUACUAUUGUGCCAAGUAUAAAAAAUAAACAGUUUUUAGCUACUACUUGUUAAAAUAAUAUAAAAAAUAUAUAAUAAUUUAGGUAUUACACAGUACAUGAAAAUAAAAAGUAAUAUUCAAUUAAUCAUUAGUUCGAGCUGUUUGUAGGCUUUAUUUAUGUUCCGUGUUUUCUGAACCCGGAUAUUAUCGAAGAAAUAUCCGGCACUGAAUAUUAUUCAACAAAAGCACAUUAUUUUGCACGGAAGUGGAUGCCGGAUCUUACUGCCUAUCUGUUUGUUUCGAAUACUCAAUUAAGUACACUGUGUUGCAAAUAUUUACACUCACAAAAUCGAUUGUUAAUUAAUUACUACUGGUGAAAUAAGGGUUUUUAAUAAAUUAUUGCGAACAAUGC